AUGACCUUCACGGCCAUCGCCGCUGGAGCGGUGCCGAUGGUGGUGGUGCCCGAUCCGUCAGCAACCGCAACGGCCACAACGACCGACCCUACUACGAUGACCGCCGUAACAACCGACCGUAUUACCACGACCGCCGCAACGCGGACUACUCGUUCUCUGGCCGUGGUUGUCGUGGCGGCGGCCGUGGCGGUGGUCGAGGCGGUGGCCGAGGGAGCGGCCGUCCCUGGUCUCCUUCGGGUCAAAAUGACCGCGACCGCCGCCCACACUCGCCUGCCAAAUGACCGCAGCCAAGUGCAAACUCGAAACACCGGAUGGGGUCCACCACCACCACUAACCCGCAACGGAGGAUGGGACAUGCCUAUCAUUGUGCAUGAUGCCGUCGUACUUGAAGAUGCGACAUCUGCGGCGUCACCCGAACCUGGUACCGUGCCCGCGACAUCUGCGGCGUCGUCCGAAGCCGGUGCCGUGCCCGCGCCGUCGCAAACAGCUAAAGUGGAUGCCGUGCCCGCGCCGUCGCAAACAGCCGAAGUGGAUGCCGUCCCUGCGCCGGAGGAAGUCGCGCAAGUUGUUGCGCCGCCACUCAAAGUUGACGUUCUCGCUGCUGGCGACGACGAUCUUGUAGUUGCACUGCUCGAAGGAGGAAACUAG